AUGUCUGAUGACGGAGAAAUUACUAAUUCUUCUGAAGAAGUAAAAAAUUCUAAACAUGUGGAAAAAAAAGAAUGUAAACCAGAAUUAAAACCAUUAAGUAUUAAUACUUAUAUGCCUCCAUCUAGAAUGAUGGCAAUGAUGGCAAAAAUCGAUGAUAAAAAUUCAGAAACUUAUCAACGUUUAAAUUGGGAAUUAUUAAAAAAAAAGAUUCAGGGAGCAGUAAACAAAUUGAAUGCGCAAAAUAUUGUUCCUGUGCUUCAGGAGUUAAUGAAGGUUAAUAUUAUUCGUGGAAAAGGUUUACUUGUAAAAGCAUUAAUUCAAGCACAAGCUUUUUCUCCAACAUUUUCUAAUGUUUAUGCUGCUUUUGUUUCUUUGAUUAAUUCUAAAUUUCCAAAUAUUGGAGAACUUCUUAUUAAAAGAUUAGUCAUUCAAUUUAAAAGAUGUUAUAAUAAAAAUGAUAAAGAUAAUGCAAAAAAAAUCUUGCAAUUUAUUGCUCAUUUAACAAAUCAAAAUGUUAUACAUGAAUUGUUAUCUCUCGAAAUACUUUUUACGCUUAUGGAAACUCCUACAGAUGACUCUAUUGAAAUGAGUAUAACGUUCAUUAGAGAAAUAGGUAUGAAAUUAACAGAAAUUUCACCAAAAGGGAUUACUGCUAUUUUUGAAAGAUUAAGAUCUAUUUUGAAUAAUACUGACACUAUUUCUAAAAGAAUCCAAUAUAUGAUUGAAGUGUUAUUUCAAACUAGAAAAGAAAAGUUUGCAGCUCACGUUUCUGUUCCUGAGGAAUUAGAUCUUAUAGAGGAAGAAGAUCAAAUAACUCAUAAUAUUUCAUUAACAGAAGUUCUUGAUCCUGAAAAUAAGUUAAAUUAUUUUAUGUUAGAUCCAAACUUUGAAGAAAAUGAAAAACAAUAUGAUGAAAUAAAAAGAGAAAUUCUUGGAGAUGACGAUGAUGAAGAUGAGGAAGAAGAAGAGGGUGGUACUGUAAAAGAAGAGAAUGAAGACGAAGAAAAUAACGCUGAUGAGAGUAACACUAACCCUACUCCUAUGAAAAUUAUUGACUUAACAGAUGAUCAAUUAACGGCUUUACGUAAAUCUGUUUAUCUUACACUUCAAUCAUCUCUAGAUUAUCAAGAAGCAGCUCAUAAACUUUUAAAAAAUGAAUGGAAACCAGGUCUUGAAAAAGAACUUUGUAAUAUGAUUGUUGAUGCGUGUGCUCAACAGAGAUCAUAUGAAAACUUUUAUGGAAAUCUAGCGGCUAGAUUUUGUAAUUUAAAACAAGAAUUCCAAGAGUGUUUCGAGGAGAUUGCAAAAGAUGCUUACACGAAUGUUCAUCGGUUUCCAAUUACUCAAUUAAGAAAUGUUGCCUUUCUUGUUUCACAUCUUCUUUUUACAAAUUCAAUCAGUUGGGAUGUUUUAAGUAUAGUUAGAUUAACUGAAAAAGACACUACUCCAGCAGGGAGAAUUUAUUUAAAAUUUGUUUUUCAAACUAUUGUUGAGAAUAUGAGUGCUGCAAAGUUUUAUGAAAAAAUGAAAGAUCCUGAAAUGGCUCAUAUAUGGAAGGGAAUUUUCCCCCGAAAUAAUAGAGAGGAUAUCAUGUUUGCUAUAAAUUAUUUUACAAUGAUUGAUCUGGGACAGCUUACGUUAGAUAUGAGAGAAAGAUUAAAAAAAUUAAGCUCUUAA